AUGCGUUUUUCGCUCAUUGCCCCGGCCACAGUGCUUCUGGGCCACACUUCGGCCACACUGCUAGGUCAAGCGUUGACAAACCAUGGGUCGCUUUCGAUGCUUCAUGAUCUUUUGGAGGACCUCGACUUACUGGAACGGUUCGAAACAGCUAAGAAGUCUACUUUCCUGGCAAUGACAGAUGACGCGCUCCUUGGUCUCGCUAAUUGGGGCUUGAACAUGAGCUCCAUCGACCCAAUGCUUGCCCGAGGCAUUUUGGAAUACCAUUUCCUUGAGGGAGUCUACACUUCUUCUGACCCUUCACUGAGAACCGAUAUUCAACUUGUUCAUUCGGUCUUGCGUCCGCCAAUUUUGAACAAUGUUACGGAUGGUCCGGCCGUCAAGCUUUCCGUCAUCUUGGACUCUUUUUACGUAGAGUCAGGCAUCCAGAAGGUUAUGCGCAUCAAUGAGUCGGACAUAGGCCAUGACAACGGUGUUUUGCAUACAAUCAACAGUAACCUUGUCCUCCCACACAACAUCUCAGAGACCACCAAAUUGGGCAACCUCCAUGGGUUUUGGAACAUCAUUGAACGGUCCCACACCGGAGAAGCACUGGAGACCAUGAAAGACGUGACCAUCUUUCUGCCGAAUGACAGAGCAGUGAGGCGGCGGCGUUCUCUACUGGACUCCCUAAGUAUCGAGGAAUUGGCAAUGUUUGCCACGAAUCACGCCAUUCCGAACCAGGUCCUUUAUCACAGUGCUUUUGCCACGGAUGGGAGUGAGUACCAAACUCUCAGUGGCUUGAAGGUCACCAUCAGGCACGACUCAAGAGGCGAUGUUUUCGUCAACGAGGCGAAGGUUCUUAGGCAAGACGUUCUCAUUUUUGGAGGCGUCGCACACAUACUGGAUGAUGUCCUGAUUUCUUCGGGGCACAAACGUUUAAAGUGUCACUCAACGGCCAAUGGAACUUGGCCUCAUAUGGCUUCGCGAUGGUUUCGUGUAUCUUCUUGGCAAGUUAUUGCACAAAACGUCGUCGUUGCCGCAAUUAUCGUCUUUCUUGCCGCUCUCGCCGUUUCCAAGGUUGUAAAACGCAAGAUAGAUGACGGGGUCAAAUCUACAGCUUCGGUCCACGGCGGGCAGGGAAAAACACUUGGGAAAUACCACCAGUAA